AGACAAAAUGGAGCGACCCUGUCGAGAAAAACUGAAAAACCCUCGUCCGACUCCAAAACAUCUGCCUUUUCCUAAUGCAAACACCUUACCGACACUGACCUGCUGACAAAAGUUUCAAGAUAAGAAAAAGGAGCAUAAACAUGCAGCAGCCACAGCAGAUGAUGCCUAUGAUGCCUUCAUUCCCACCCACAAACAUCACCACCGAGCAGAUUCAAAAGUACCUUGAUGAGAACAAAAAAUUGAUUCUGGCAAUAUUGGACUAUCAAAACCUUGGAAAACUUGCUGAAUGUGCUCAGUACCAAGCUCAGCUUCAAAAGAAUUUGAUGUAUUUAGCUGCAAUUGCUGAUGCACAACCACAAGCACCAGCAAUGCCUCCCCAGAUGUCCCCACACCCUGCAAUGCAACAAGGGUAUUACAUGCAACACUCUCAAGCAGCCGCAAUGGCUCAGCAGCCUGGUAUUUUCCCCCCAAAGCUGCCAUUACAAUUUAAUAACCCACAUCAGAUCCAGGAUCCACAGCAGCAGCUACACCAGCAGCACCAACAGGCCAUCCAAGGGCAAAUGGGUCUCAGAGCUGGAGGGGUCAACAAUGGCUUGCAUGCCAUGCACAAUGAGACUACCCAUGGAGGUGGCAGCAGUGGUGGUCCACCUGUUGCAGGCCCAAAUGACGUAAGGGGAGGAAGCAAGCAAGAUGGCUCUGAGGCUGGGACAGCUGGCGCUGAUGGCCAUGGAAGCUCAACGGCUGGGCAUGGCAGUGGUAAUGGAGAAUCUUCUUACUUAAAGGGGUUGGAGGAAGCGAAGUAACGUGUUCUUAUUGGCCAUCCCGCAUGAAUACAUGUGGCUGUUGAUAGUAGGUCUCUUAGAGUAGAGUGGUAUGCUCUGAUAAUCUUUGUUAGGUAGACUGAAGUGCAGGAAGUUUCACUUGUUCUAGUUUUGAAUAGAUUAGGUUGGUGAAAUUGUAGGGUAAGAGCCCUGUCAUGGAAUGAAUUCUGCCCACAAAUGAAACAUGUGGUUAGACAAGACAAUCUUAGUCAGAAACGGAAGAUAGGUUGAAGCAUGUAGCCUCGCAUGCUUAUCUCCUUGUAAUAACUUACAAUAUAUGCAGGGUUUUCCAGACUUAUGAUCU